GAUCAUCCAAAAUCGAUAAGAAAUGGUGUGCUGGCAGUUCUCAAUGAUGUAUUGUUCACUGCUCCUCUCAUUGAAACGUUACGUAUGCACAGUGCAGAUGAAGUAAGGAAGGAGGCGAACACGUUCAUGUUUGUGUUUGGUCAUGAAACCCGUUCUUGGAUGAACGAACAACCAAACUCGGGACUGAGAGGAUCCCUGUCGGGUGAUCACAUACCGUAUAUUUUCGGGUACCCUCUCGCUAAUUCGGACAAAGAGGAGAAACUCUUUUCUGGAUUCAGCGCCGAGGAUAGAGGAAUUUCGCAGGUCCUCAUGCACUAUGUAGCGAAUUUUGUAAAAUCGGGUGAUCCUUCAAAACCAACUCCAAUGCCGAAAUCGUUCCCUAUGGGUGAUGCCUUCCAUGCCACAGCUUGGCCUCAAUUUGAUCAGCCUAAUCGAGAAGCUUAUUUAGAAAUUACUGAUCGGCCUCGGGUCAAAAACUAUUACCGUAAUGCAAGAGUAGGAUUUUGGACUAGUCUAGUACCAGCUUUACAUUCAUCUGGAAAGGAAGGAGGAGAAAUUCCGGAGGUACGCAGAUUCUCAUUCUUUCGCUGA